AACAAUGCCCACAUCCCCGUGCGACUGAAAAUGGUUUGGAGCCAACUGGUUAGUUUCAGUAUCAUAGACGUAUUAUGGGCAUUUCUUGCAACCUGUUUUAUCGUAGCCUGUGGUUUAUAUAAAGUGUCAUCACAUCUACCAAAAAAAUGCCAAAAAUUAGAUGGUGUUGUUAUAUUUCAAGAUCUUAUUCGCUACGGCAAGACUAAACAGAAUCUCAAACGCGAUGAUUGGCUACGAGUCUUUGACGUGCCAAAAAGGUGGUUCUGGCACUUUUACGCAGUGUCUGUCUGUUGGAGUGGUUCCCUGCUUUUCUUCUACUUGAACAGUAUCUUCCUGCAUCAUCCACUUCCAUCAUGGUUGACUUGGUCAUCGUCUGUUUUAAUUGCUGGAAAAAGCAGCAGCAAUCCAGAAGGAAAUGUCCCACAGAUGACCACUUUGCUGCUGCUCCUCCUGCUUUGGCUUCACUCUCUCAGAAGACUACUCGAGUGCUGUUUUGUCAGUAUAUUCUCAGAUGGAGUCAUUCAUGUUGUACAUUAUUUAUUUGGCCUGGUGUAUUACAUUGUGCUUGGGCUGACGGCACUUUGCUCUGAGCAUAUGGUUAAAAAAGACAGUAGUACACUGUUCUCUCAAGUGAACUGGUGUCACAUUUUGGGAUGUGCACUUUUUAUUUUGACUUCAUUGCUGCAGCAUCAGUCCAUGGUCCUACUCGCAAAACUACGCUCUGGAAAAUCAGGAAAUGUUGAAACCAUGGUCCAUAAGAUGCCCACAGGAGGCGGGUUUGAGUUGGUGUCCUGUCCACAUUAUUUUGCUGAGGUUCUGAUCUACACCUCAUUGUGGGUGGCCUCAGGAGGACUGUUUACAUGGGGGCUAGUUUCUCUUUAUGUAUUUUUCAACCAAGCACUCGCCGCUCAGCUUUGUCAUGACUUUUACAAGUGCAAGUUUGAGUCAUACCCGAGACAAAGAAAAGCUUUUAUACCUUUUGUGUUGUAGUCCAAUGAGGUUCAUCUGGUUUUCCUUUAAUUUACAUGAAUAGAUAAUUUUUUUCAGACCAAGAUUUUGUUCGUUUUCAUACCUGACAGUUUCGACUGCUCACUAGCAAUCUUCCUCAGAGUGGUCACGUGAUGUUGCUAAUGUGUUGUAGUCUUGCAUUAUUUAGCAAGUCAUCAUUUUUCAACUGUGAAAAACAUUUUCCACAGGAACACCCCAUUCUUUUCCACUGUGAGUAAACAGAUUAAAAAUAAUUAGUUUUUAAAUAUUUGCAUCAUUCAUAACAUCACUCAUAUAAACUACUGUUAGUAUUGGAUGAGAGGAUUCUGGGAGUGCUCUCUGCAUUACACUGAGUUAAAGAAUUAGUGUGCAGAUACCAGGAAUAAAAGUGGGCAUCAACAAAUCUUCCAAUAAAGAAGCUAUAUCUGAG